AUGGACUGUGAGGGUAUGACUCCGUGCGCUACAAGGGGCAAGAUAAAUACCAGCGAUCCGAAGCAAGGUGACGACGAUAACGGCGACAUUGAUGCGUCGUUGGACAAAGGACCAAAUAACGCCGGUGCUGAUAUCAGCUCGAACAUCAAGUCAACUAACGACGAAACUACCAUUCAGACGGGUAUUACUAACAAAGCAGCAACUCUUGAGCCUGUUCUAUCAACAACUUUGCAGUCUGCACCGAUGACUCACGCGCCACUAUCAACCUCACUGGUGGCGGGUCCAUCUGACCAUAGGACACAGGGGUAUCCAUCUUCCAGUUCAAGGGCACCGAGUGCAAGUAAGGAACCCGAUAGUACUGAGGUGCUCGAGAACGAGACGAAAUCGGCUUUUUCGACGACGGCAAGCAGGUCUUUAGACCAGACGCUCGUUGUAGUGAUUAUUGGUGUCGUAGGUGCUAUCGGCACGCUGGUUAUGUUUGUAUCGCGCAGGGUAUUAAAGGAGCAAGAUGAUGAUCUGGACUUGGAAGAUUCCAGGUUUUUCUAG